AUGGUUAUACCAGAGGAGGAAGACGUUCUACUAUUCGGGCAGAGGUUAGAUGCAGGUGAACAGAAGCAGGAAGAUGCAGCUUGGGAACCUUUCUUCAACCAUUUUAAAGAUUACUGCGAGCCUUACAUUGGUCCCUUUCAGAGUUUUCCGUGGACAGAAAGUAUUGUACUGAGUACCGAGCAGAACAAGGCCAACGAUAUAGCUGCUGUUGCCGGUGUGUCGGUCGAUUCCGAAGAUACGCUAUGCAGUAAUACUAUGCGUUGUUGGAGUGCCAGCACCAUUAAUAACGCUACCAAUAGGAGCAGUGUUAGGAGCAACAGCCAGAGUAGCAGUACAAGUGCAAGUAGCUCGCAAAGUGUCUCAUUUAAGCAGAUACCUUCAAAACCAGCGCUCACUGCACAGCCAUGCAGAAGGCGUGGUAACAGCCAAUCUGGUUCGCUGAAUGGGAAUAUAUCUUCGGAAAAAACAUGCCCUAUAUGUUACAAAACUUUCACUAGAAAGAUUUCGGUGAACAUUCACAUGGUUGUGCACACGAACCUCAAGCCUUAUGCAUGCGAUUAUCCAGGCUGUAAAAAGAAGUUUAACGUCAAGGGCAAUUUACAGCGGCACUCGAAGUGCCAUAAACUUCAAAAGCCCAAUAGAAAGCUGAAGAAAGCAUUAAAUGUGCUAAACAUGCCGGAUCACUAUACCGUCGAUACAAAUAAAUCCACUGCAACCACUGCAAAUCGUCUUUACAAGAACAACCAACUCCAGUGA